UAGCUAAUAGCUAGCUAGCUCUCUUGUUAACUAAACGGGCUAAUAGGAAUUAUUGUUGCAUUUUUUGUUGGUUAGCCCGGUACCUUGCCGGCUAAACUAUCCAGAACACGAGCCAACAACUCCAAGAAAUUCGCUUGUCUUCAAAGAGUGGUGUUGACCCCUCCGUUCUUGGCUAGGGCUUCUCCCACACAGUCAGUAGUCAAGUCGGGAGAAAAGCACAGAAGCUGUUAGCUACCUGGUAGCUACCAUCACGGGCCUUGUUGCUGAGGCGACAAUGCUUGAAAUAAUGUCUGAACACCAAGGUACGUUUAAAAGUGUCAGUUGACAUAGUAAAUUGAUCUUAAGUUCAUUGCUAGUUAGCAGACAUUCUCGGUUUUGUUAAAAUCCUCCUUCAGUGAAGCAACUGUUGGUUGUUCAAUCGCCAUGCUAGUUGGCUAGUGAGCUAAUAAACUGUCUAACACUAACAUUACCUGCCAGCUUACUAGUUAGCAAAGUUGGUUACAUCUAACAGUCGAUAACGAUAGCUUGCAUGGUUUUAUACACGUAGUUAACUUUUUUAUACAGUAACGAUAACUAUAUAGGCUACUGUACCUAGUUAGCGUAACUAGUGAGUUAAUGCUUGCUAACUAACCAUGCCAUUGGUGGCUAAUGGUAUGUUAACCGCUGGCUAGCUAACUAGCUAGUUAGUUCUAACCAAAAUGAGCCAUAAUGACUGUUACUUUGCCAGCAAGCUAACCCGUCUUUAACAGCUAACUUUAGUUCGCUAGCAAACAGUGUUUGUUGGUUAGUUCGCUACUGUAACUAGUUAGCUAGAUGCUGUUAGCUUCCUAGCCACGUUCAAAAUUCAGGAGGCUCCCCACGCCAUCGCAGCCGUGAGCUAAUUGGCUCACAAUGCAUGUUUCACGUUUGUUAACUAACUUACUGGUAGCCAACAUAGCCAGCCAGCUACCUAGAUACGAUCAAGUUUCACCACCAUGGCUAACUAAAUGGUCUUCACUUUGCGUCACCCGUUAGUAGUUAUUGACCUGUUGUUGUGAAACUAUCAAGACAACAUUGUGGCUAGUUUGUGAGCAGGGCAGGUAUUCACUCGUUUUAGACAACUAAACGUUAGCUAGCUAAAAAGGCAGUAAGUUAUCCUUGCUGACUAACGUUGCAGCACGAGGCUAGCCAUCAACUUAGCUAGUUUGCUACUUUUAGAAUAGAAAUGCGCCCAGCUAGGUUGCACACUUGGCGUUUUGAGUCAUUGCAUUAGCAAGCUAAUGUUAGCUAGUUAUCGCUAUAUUCACUAGAUACAUCGCCAGGCCGAACAAAAAUAGACCCGCAGCUAGCUAGCAGCUAACAAUACUUAUCUGCGGAUGGAUUAGUGGAGAUGUUUUUUUUUGUCUUUUUAAUUUACGUAAUGACUGUGUUCAAAUCUGAACAGAUUAUAGUAUAGUAAUAUUGUUUUCUUCUAUACAGAUUCGUUAUUGAAGCGCAAAACGGAUACCCUGGUAAGUAGACUUCUGGUGUGACGUUUAGUUCCCCGUUCUGAACCUGUUCACCAUUUGUUGGUGUUGUAUGCAUGACUUAUUAGCUUGGUUCAUUUAUGUGUGAAUGCCAUUAAUGUCCGUUUGUUUUAUCUCUUUAGCCUCCAGAGAGGAGAAAGAGGACCGUCGAAGACUUUAACAAGUUCUGCAACUUUGUCUUGGCGUAUGCAGGCUAUAUCCCCAAUCCUAAAGAGGUAGGUGAACUAGGCACAGCAGGACAUAGUUACCCCUUUAUUGAUGUUGUGUUUAUCUUUAAUAGGGUUUGAGAACUUGCCACAUUUUUAUAACCCUAUGCAUCAAGUAUUGUUUGUCCUGUACCGUUUUCCUUAUUGUUCUUACACUACACCUGUGGCUGUGUAGGAAGGUCCAUGGUCGCCAGCGUCCUCCAGCUCCCCGCACAGCUCAGGGGCGUCAGGGGAGAGCGGGGGUGGUGGUGAAGGAGUCGGCGGCAGCUCCGUGGGGGCUAGCUGGGGAGACGGAGGCAACGACCUGCACACCAUCCACACGUUUGUCCGCAAGGCCCGCGCCAACAAGGGCAAGAGUAUGCGCCGCAUGCACUCCGAUAGCUCCCUGCUGGACAAGAUGCGCCUGAAAGACUCCCUGUACGACAGCCAGGCAGCCAGCAAGGCAGAGCGCAAGAAGGACAAAAAGCUCAAAAAGUUGUCGAUGGGUUCUGCUAUUGGCGGCGGGGGUGAAAGCGGGAGUAGCGGCGGGGAGAAGAGGGCCCGUAUCAAGCGCAGCAAAAACCCCAAGCAGCCCAAAGCCCUCAAGAAGCUUAAGAGCUCGGCCACCCAAAGUGAGACAGACUCUGAGACGGGCCAUGCCCACCCCGGGGAGUGCCCGGUCCGAGAUGACCUGACAGUGCACGGGGUCUCCUCCCCGGGAAUGCAGGGGCUGGCUAAGAUGCAGGUGGAGGAGUCCAACCGGGAGGCGGAGAUGAGCUCGAGUGAAGGCGAGACCUGGAUCGCCGAUGAGGACAUCAUGGUGGAGUCGGGUAAGUGAUUUCAUACUGACCACGCUGUGGACAAGGAAGCACAAAUGUCUUUGAAGUGGUAAGCGUGAGUGCUGUAAUCUCCUCACACAAGAUGCAUCACUUCAGUGUUAGUCAAUGGCUGCAGUGUUGGCUGGUAAUAUGCUUGGCAUGUAAUUGAUCAAUAUUAAUGCACUGGUCUGUUCCGUGAGUUCUAAACCAGAGGCUCAUACCUGGGGUGCGUUCAGCAGGACACAAUGUUUUGGAACCUUCAGAUAAAAAAUAUGGUAUGUAGAACAACCAUGCCUCUCUGACAUGUAGAAUAAGGAGUCACGUCAGGGAAAACAUUGUAUUUAAUGAAACUAUUUGGUAACAAUUGGUACUUUCUGGAAUUUGAGUCACCAUGUAACCAAUAAAUAAUUAGUGGGCAAUAAUGAUGUAAUGAUGUAAUGAUGUACGCUGUUUCCAUGUAGUUCCUAAGUAAAUAAGUAAUUAGGGGGCGAUAAAAUAAAACCUCCACAAACAAAACAAACAGUUGCUGAAGCGCCUCUUCUCUUUGAAAACGUUUGCCCCCGUUAGGUGCCCACUGAACCCAAUGCUACUUGUCCCACUAUGAUAUGCCCCCUCUUACCUUCUUUUCCUCUCCCUCCUUCCCCACACAGGUGACGACUCUUGGGACUUAAUCACCUGUUACUGCGGCAAGCCGUUUGCGGGGCGACCCAUGAUCGAGUGCAACCAGUGCGGCGUGUGGGUCCAUCUGUCGUGCGCCAAGAUCAAGAAGUCCAACGUCCCUGACAUCUUUUACUGCCACAAGUGCAGGGACACUCGACGGUCGGGACAAAAGAAAGACCCCUAG